AUGCACGCAGUAUUGCCUAGCAAGCUCAAAGUAUUAGUUUUAUAUGGAAGUCUUCGCCAAAGGUCUUACUCGCAACUUCUAUCAUUUGAAAUCGCUAGGAUCCUACAUCAUAUCGGAGCAGACGUUAGAGUAUUCAAUCCACAUGGUUUACCUUUGAAAGAUGAUAAUUCAGAACAUCAUCCCAAAGUUCAAGAACUUCGUCAACUUGUAUCUUGGAGUGAAGCUAACUUCUGGGUAUCUCCUGAACAGCAUGGUGCUAUCUCAGGCAUUAUGAAAACACAGAUAGAUCAUAUUCCGUUAUCCCUUGGUUCGGUUCGUCCUACACAAGGCAAAAUUUUGGCUGUCGCUCAGGUCAACGGGGGCUCGCAAUCGUUUAAUGCUGUCAAUACACUCAGAUUAUUGGGACGAUGGAUGAGAAUGCACACAAUUCCUAAUCAAAGCUCAGUACCAAAAGCGUGGACUGCAUUUUCACCGGAAGGUCGCUUUUUACCUAUAAGUAACCGUGAAAGAGUUGUCGAUGUCUGCGAGGAACUCGUCAAGGUGUCUUGUUUAUUUUACGGUAAACAUGAUUUAUUUGCUAGUAGGUGGAGUGAGCGCAAAGAAAAAGAGGUUAAAGGACGUCUCCUGUCUCAAGAAGAGAAGGAAAAUAACAACAAAAAGUCUGACUGA